CCCCGGAGUGCCGCAGCCCAGCAGCCCGCCCCGAGGAGCAGGACGCAGCAGCCAGCCCCGUCUCCUGCCGGGAGUGUCCUUUCACCCCAGAGCAAACAGUGACAUGUGGAAGGUCUGAGCCCUCUCCCACCUUCGCCGGGACACCAUGGACACUGAAGCCGUGCAGCCCCAGGAGGCCUCGCUGACGGUCAACGAGCAGGUUAUUGUCAUGUCCAGCCAUGAAACCAUCCGAGUGCUGGAGGUCGGCGUGGACACCCCGCUGCCGGCCAAGGAGGACCGGAAAGCCUUGGAGAUGUCAGCAGGGGAGGUAGCGCAGGGCUCCCCGGGAGAGAGCGGCCACCCGGGCAGAGAGGACGUCCCACCCAGCACCCAGAGCUCAUGCAGCGGGGAGGCGGCCGGCAAAGCCAAACCGGCGGCCGGAGCAUCCCCCAGCGCCGUCCCUUCCGUCGGCACCUUCAGCCACGCCACGAGCCAGCAGCCGCAGACGGUGGCCCCGCUGGCCGUGCAAGCCAGCCCGCAGGUCUUGACUCAGGAAAACUUAGCAACAGUUGUGACAGGAGUAAUGGUUCCAGCAGGGACAGUUACUCAACCUCUUCUUAUCCCCAUCAGUAUUGCAGGUCAAGUGGCAGGUCAGCAGGGGCUGGCUGUGUGGACAUUUCCUACAGCAACGGUCGCUGCCCUUCCCGGAUUGACGGCUGCUUCUCCUACAGGGGGAAUUUUCAAACCGCCUAUAGCCAAUCUGCAAGCCGCCGCCGUACUGAACACAGCCAUCCAAGCACCGGUGCAGCCUGCCCAGCCGCUGCAGGCUGCGGUCCAGCCCCGGCCCCCCCUCCAGCCCCCCGGCGUCUUCCCCGCCGCGCCCGGCCAGCCCCCCAUCCUGCCGCAGCCCGCCGCAGCGCCCACGCCGCCCGUGGCCAAGCCGUUAGAGACGCAGACCCAGAUCACCGUCCAACCUGCCGGAUUUGCCUUUAACCCCGGCAUAAUCAGCGCGGCUUCUCUCGGGGGUCAAACCCAGCUCCUCGGCUCCUUGGCAGCCGCCCCCGUGAUCGCAAACACCAUCUCCAGCGUGCAGGGCAUCACGGGCCAGAUCCUGACCAACACUCAGGGCCAGGUGAUCGGGACCCUGCCGUGGGUGGUGAAUCCCCCCGGGAUGGCGGCGGCCGGCCCUGCCCCGGCCGCUCUGCCGGCCCAGAACCUGCAGGUACAGACGGUGACGCCGCAGCUGCUGCUCAAUGCCCAGGGCCAGGUCAUCGCCACGCUGGCCGGCAGCGCCAUCCAGGCGGCCGCCAUCAAGAAAACCGGCACCCCCGAGCCCCCCGCCAAGAACGAGGUCCAGCCCAUCCAGCCGGCCCCGGCUCUCUCCCAGCCGGCCGUGGUGAUGGCAAACCCUGCCCCGGCGGCAAAGGCUUCCUCCGUGCCCGUCCCCAUCACCUGCUCGGAGACCCCCACCGUCAGCCAGCUGGUCUCCAAGCCCCCGGCUCCCAACAGCAGCGCGGAGGAGGACGGGAUUAACCUGGAGGAGAUCCGGGAAUUCGCCAAGAACUUCAAGAUCCGACGCUUGUCCCUCGGCCUGACGCAGACGCAGGUGGGACAGGCCCUGACGGCCACCGAGGGACCGGCCUACAGCCAGUCGGCCAUCUGCAGGUUCGAGAAGCUGGACAUCACCCCCAAGAGCGCCCAGAAGCUGAAACCGGUGCUGGAGAAGUGGUUGAGCGAAGCUGAGCUCCGUAACCAAGAGGGGCAACAAAACCUGAUGGAAUUCGUGGGGGGGGAACCCUCCAAAAAACGGAAGCGCCGUACCUCCUUCACCCCGCAAGCCAUCGAGGCUCUCAACGCCUACUUUGAGAAGAACGCCUUGCCCACCGGCCAGGAGAUCACCGAGAUCGCCAAGGAGCUCAACUACGACCGCGAAGUCGUCCGCGUCUGGUUCUGCAACCGCCGGCAGACCCUCAAAAACACCAGUAAACUCAACGUCUUUCAGAUCCCCUAAAUCGGGGACGGGGACGGGGACGUCCCCCCCCCACCCCGUCGCCCACCCCGACCUCCUGCCAUCAGCACUUUUGCCACCGACUUUGUCCCCCAGCCCCGCGGUGGGCGCUGGGGUCUCCACCACCCCACCGUGCCCGUAGGUGUGUCCGUGUGUCCGUCUCCCUUUCCUCCACAUCACACAUGACCUAAGCGUGUUCGCGUCGGGUGUCACGCCUGCCUCAUGCCUCCUCCUGCCUGUAACGUGCGUGGUGACGGACCCCCUGCCUGCACGCACCGCCUCUCCUGCCCCCCAAGUGUUGUCGUCCCUCCCCCCCCAAAAAAAGGAGUGAUAUUCAUUUUUUGGCCGUUUUCCCGUGUUUCCGAGGUAGCGUCACGGCUCGCUAGGGGUGAGCCCCAAUUUAAUUUCACCCCCACUUUGAUUUCGGCGGUCCCCCGCCUCGUGCCCGCCAGCGCGAGGGGCUUCUCGGUGCAACCCCCCCCACCAUGGGGACAUCGCCGUGGGGGAUGGUUGGGGACUUCACCGGGCUCCCCACCGUCCCGAGAGGGUUUAGGGGAGGUGAACCCCGUAAUGGAGGCAGCACCCCCUGCCCGCCUCCCCCCACCCUGAGCCCAGGGGCCAGGCAGGUUGGGGGGGGGCUCCAUCCCUCGCCCGGGGA